AUGAAUCGACUUUUUGGACGUGGAAAGCCCAAGGAGCCCGGCCCAAGUCUAAAUGACUGUAUUAGUGGAGUGGACGCUCGAGCAGCCAACAUUGAAGAAAAGAUUGCGAAAUUGGAGACGGAGCUGCGUAAAUAUCGUGAACAAAUGAGCAAAAUGCGAGAAUCCCCAGCCAAGAACUCCGUUAAACAAAGAGCGCUGCGUGUGCUCAAACAAAAGAAGGCCUAUGAGCAACAAGCUGAAUCUCUGCGCAAUCAAUCCUUCAAUAUGGAACAAGCCAACUAUGCUGCCCAAUCGCUCAAGGAUACUCAAGCCACAGUGGCCGCCAUGAAGGAUGGUGUGAAGCAAAUGAAGACGGAGUAUAAGAAAAUUAAUAUCGAUCAAAUUGAGGACAUGCACGACGAUAUGGCGGACAUGCUGGAGCAGGCUGACGAGGUGCAAGAGGCCAUGGGACGCACCUAUGGAAUGCCCGAGGUGGACGACGAUGAUCUGCAGGCAGAGCUUGAUGCAUUGGGUGAUGAAAUGGCUUUGGAUGAUGACUCCAGCUACUUAGAUGAUGUUGUCAAGGCGCCCGAAGCGCCAGACAGAGAGCCAGGCGCCGAUAGCGUUAAACCGGGCAAGAGCACCAUUGAAACGGAUGAAUUUGGUCUGCCUAAGAUUCCAACGUCCCUGAAGACAACAUAAAAGCUGUUUUCUUAUACAUAUAU